AUGAUAUCUCUCCCGCCUAUCCACAGUCUGUCUCACCUCCCUGAUUCUGAAUUGACCACAGUCUUGGACCUUCUCUUCGAACCUUCGCCGCCUCUGCACACACUGUCUCUUCCCAUCCUCCGCUCUACGACUUUCCCAACAUAUAACACCUUAGUCGUGGCUAUCAAUGCCCAAUUGAAUGCACUAGCAACUUCAGACUCUCCCGGACAUGUAACAAGGCUUUCCGAGAUCCUAUGCUCGCAUCCGCGGCUGGGGGAGAAUAAAGUCGACAGUGAGCAGAGUCGAGCAGAACAAGCACAAUUGCAGAAGGGUGGAGACGAGGAGAAGGAACAGCUGGCCAAGUUGAAUAGCGAGUAUGAAGCGAAAUUUCCGGGACUGCGAUAUGUCGUCUUCGUCAACGGCCGCCCACGACCCAUCAUAAUGGAGAAUAUGAAAGCGCGAAUCGGCCGCGGAGACAUCAAAGCCGAGCGCCAGGAAGCGAUCCAGGCAAUGUGUGAUAUCGCGGCUGAUCGAGCCUCCAAGCUGUCGCCGGAUUGA